UUAUUUACAUAGCGCAAAUUUUAGUAUAAAAAGACCAGAAACUUUCGGUGAAGGCAUCAGUCCGGUUACAUCUCUCUAAACAUGAGAGUAACAACCUUCGUGAUCUUGUGCUGUGCUCUGCAGUAUGUGUCUGCAGAUGCAAUUGAUGAUGCAUUGCAAUAUGCACUCAGAAAUGGCAAACUAGAAACAAAAAAAGUAAACGAAACUGAUGAACUAGACUACGACGCAAGAGGUAAUGUGUACGAAAAAUCUACAACAACGAAAGAAUACGAAGCUUAUGGCGAUGUCGACAAAGACGUGACAGGAGAUGAUGUCAAAGUUAAAACAAUUGUUAUAAAAACUGACUCAACCGGUCAUGAAACAAUAUGGGAAGAAGAUGUACUCAUUCAUAAGAAGAGCCAGCCAGGCUCAUCGGCUGAAACAGAGACAAGAACAGUUUUAAGUUCGAAGCCACGAGGCCCACUCAAUGCAGGCUCAACCGCAGCAUCCAGCGUGUCAUCUGUCUCGACAGCUAGCACUGGCGCUGCUCCUGGAUCUACUGUUGGUUACAAUACACCAGUACAGUACUCACCUUACGGAAACCAAGCUGGAGCAGCAGCUUCUGCAGCCGCUGCCGCCGCUGCAGGCUCAGCUGGAAGCGGUUAUUACGCAAACGGAUUGAACGGACUCUACGGUGGGUUAGGAGGCGUAGGCCAAGAUACCAUUGUGAUCAACAACAGCGGUGCUUCUGGAUCUUCGUCGAGCGCUGCUGCUUCAAGCUCUGCUGCCAGCUCUGGUAACAGUCUUGCCGAACAGGAAGCACUUCUAGAAGCCACAGAAGCAGCCGAAGCCGCUGCCAUCGCUGCCGCAUCUGCACGUUACGCACCUUACGGUAAACAAGUCGUAAUCAACAACGAGUCAGGUUCUGGAUCAUCAUCAGCCGCCUCAGCUGCUUCGGCAUCCGCCGCCUCUGCUGGACAAGGAUCUGGUGCUGGAUUAAACGGUGCCGGUCUAUACGGCUCUAACGGACUUUACGGUUUGAAUGGUCUCAACGGACUCCGUGGAGGACAAGGUUCCGGAUCAGCAGCUUCCGCCGCCGCUGCCGCCGCUGCAGGAUCAGCUGGAAGCGGUAAUUACGCAAACGGAUUAAACGGACUCAACGGUCUUAACAGUCUUCAUGGAGGACAAGGUACCGGAUCAGAAGCUGCCGCAGCCGCUGCCGCCGCUGCAGGCUCAGCUGGAAGCGGUAAUUACGCAAACGGAUUAAACGGACUCAACGGUCUUAACGGUCUUCGUGGAGGACAAGGUGCCGGAUCAGCAGCUGCCGCAGCCGCUGCCGCCGCUGCAGGCUCAGCUGGAAGCGGUAAUUACGCAAACGGAUUGAACGGACUCUACGGUGGGUUAAGAGGCGUAGGCCAAGACACCAUUGUGAUCAACAACAGCGGUGCUUCUGGAUCUUCGUCGAGCGCUGCUGCUUCAAGCUCUGCUGCCAGCUCUGGUAACAGUCUUGCUGAACAGGAAGCACUUCUAGAAGCCACAGAAGCAGCCGAAGCCGCUGCCAUCGCUGCCGCAUCUGCACGUUACGCACCUUACGGUAAACAAGUCGUAAUCAACAACGAGUCAGGUUCUGGAUCAUCAUCAGCCGCCUCAGCUGCUUCGGCAUCCGCCGCCUCUGCUGGACAAGGAUCUGGUGCUGGAUUAAACGGUGCCGGUCUAUACGGCUCUAACGGCCUUUACGGUUUGAAUGGUCUCAACGGACUCCGUGGAGGACAAGGUUCCGGAUCAGCAGCUUCCGCCGCCGCUGCCGCCGCUGCAGGCUCAGCUGGAAGCGGUAAUUACGCAAACGGAUUGAACGGACUCUACGGUGGGUUAGGAGGCGUAGGCCAAGACACCAUUGUGAUCAACAACAACAACGGUGCUUCUGGAUCUUCGUCGAGCGCUGCUGCUUCAAGCUCUGCUGCCAGCUCUGGUAACAGUCUUGCUGAACAAGAAGCACUUCUAGAAGCCGCGGAAGCAGCCGAAGCCGCUGCAAUCGCUGCUGCAUCUGCACGUUACGCACCUUACGGUACACAAGUCGUAAUCAACAACGAGUCAGGUUCUGGAUCAUCAUCAGCCGCCUCAGCUGCUUCGGCAUCCGCCGCCUCUGCUGGACAAGGAUCUGGUGCUGGAUUAAACGGUGCCAGUCUAUACGGCUCUAACGGACUUUACGGUUUGAAUGGUAUCAACGGUCUUCGUGGAGGACAAGGUGCCGGAUCAGCAGCUGCCGCAGCCGCUGCCGCCGCUGCAGGCUCAGCUGGAAGCGGUAAUUACGCAAACGGAUUAAAUGGACUCAACGGUCUUAACGGUCUUCGAGGAGGACAAGGUGCCGGAUCAGCAGCUGCCGCAGCCGCUGCCGCCGCUGCAGGCUCAGCUGGAAGCGGUAAUUACGCAAACGGAUUGAACGGACUCUACGGUGGGUUAGGAGGCGUAGGCCAAGACACCAUUGUGAUCAACAACAGCGGUGCUUCUGGAUCUUCGUCGAGCGCUGCUGCUUCAAGCUCUGCUGCCAGCUCUGGUAACAGUCUUGCCGAACAGGAAGCACUUCUAGAAGCCACAGAAGCAGCCGAAGCCGCUGCCAUCGCUGCCGCAUCUGCACGUUACGCACCUUACGGAAACCAAGUCGUAAUCAACAACGAGUCAGGUUCUGGAUCAUCAUCAGCCGCCUCAGCUGCUUCGGCAUCCGCCGCCUCUGCUGGACAAGGAUCUGGUGCUGGAUUAAACGGUGCCGGUCUAUACGGCUCUAACGGAUUAAACGGACUCAACGGUCUUAACGGUCUUCGUGGAGGUCAAGGUGCCGGAUCAGCAGCUGCCGCAGCCGCUACCGCCGCUGCAGGCUCAGCUGGAAGCGGUAAUUACGCAAACGGAUUAAAUGGACUCAACGGUCUUAACGGUCUUCGAGGAGGACAAGGUGCCGGAUCAGCAGCUGCCGCAGCCGCUGCCGCCGCUGCAGGCUCAGCUGGAAGCGGUAAUUACGCAAACGGAUUAAACGGACUCAACGGUCUUAACGGUCUUCGUGGAGGUCAAGGUGCCGGAUCAGCAGCUGCCGCAGCCGCUACCGCCGCUGCAGGCUCAGCUGGAAGCGGUAAUUACGCAAACGGAUUAAAUGGACUCAACGGUCUUAACGGUCUUCGAGGAGGACAAGGUGCCGGAUCAGCAGCUGCCGCAGCCGCUGCCGCCGCUGCAGGCUCAGCUGGAAGCGGUAAUUACGCAAACGGAUUAAACGGACUCAACGGUCUUAACGGUCUUCGUGGAGGACAAGGUGCCGGAUCAGCAGCUGCCGCAGCCGCUGCCGCCGCUGCAGGCUCAGCUGGAAGCGGUUAUUAUGCAAACGGAUUGAACGGACUCUACGGUGGGUUAGGAGGCGUAGGCCAAGACACCAUUGUGAUCAACAACAACAACGGUGCUUCUGGAUCUUCGUCGAGCGCUGCUGCUUCAAGCUCUGCUGCCAGCUCUGGUAACAGUCUUGCCGAACAGGAAGCACUUCUAGAAGCCACAGAAGCAGCCGAAGCCGCUGCCAUCGCUGCCGCAUCUGGACGUUACGCACCUUACGGAAACCAAGUCGUAAUCAACAACGAGUCAGGUUCUGGAUCAUCAUCAGCCGCCUCAGCUGCUUCGGCAUCCGCCGCCUCUGCUGGACUAGGAUCUGGUGCUGGAUUAAACGGUGCCGGUCUAUACGGCUCUAACGGCCUUUACGGUUUGAAUGGUCUCAACGGACUCCGUGGAGGACAAGGUUCCGGAUCAGCAGCUUCCGCCGCCGCUGCCGCCGCUGCAGGAUCAGCUGGAAGCGGUAAUUACGCAAACGGAUUAAACGGACUCAACGGUCUUAACGGUCUUCGUGGAGGACAAGGUGCCGGAUCAGCAGCUGCCGCAGCCGCUGCCGCCGCUGCAGGCUCAGCUGGAAGCGGUUAUUACGCAAACGGAUUGAACGGACUCUACGGUGGGUUAGGAGGCGUAGGCCAAGACACCAUUGUGAUCAACAACAACAACGGUGCUUCUGGAUCUUCGUCGAGCGCUGCUGCUUCAAGCUCUGCUGCCAGCUCUGGUAACAGUCUUGCUGAACAGGAAGCACUUCUAGAAGCCACAGAAGCAGCUGAAGCUGCUGCCAUCGCUGCCGCAUCUGCACGUUACGCACCUUACGGAAACCAAGUCGUAAUCAACAACGAGUCAGGUUCUGGAUCUUCGUCGAGCGCUGCUGCUUCAAGCUCUGCUGCCAGCUCUGGUAACAGUCUUGCUGAACAGGAAGCACUUCUAGAAGCCACAGAAGCAGCUGAAGCUGCUGCCAUCGCUGCCGCAUCUGCACGUUACGCACCUUACGGAAACCAAGUCGUAAUCAACAACGAGUCAGGUUCUGGAUCAUCAUCAGCCGCCUCAGCUGCUUCGGCAUCCGCCGCCUCUGCUGGACAAGGAUCUGGUGCUGGAUUAAACGUUGCCAGUCUAUACGGCUCUAACGGACUUUACGGUUUGAAUGGUCUCAACGGUCUUCGUGGAGGACAAGGUGCCGGAUCAGCAGCUGCCGCAGCCGCUGCCGCCGCUGCAGGCUCAGCUGGAAGCGGUAAUUACGCAAACGGAUUAAACGGACUCAACGGUCUUAACGGUCUUCGUGGAGGACAAGGUGCCGGAUCAGCAGCUGCCGCAGCCGCUGCCGCCGCUGCAGGCUCAGCUGGAAACGGUUAUUACGCAAACGGAUUGAACGGACUCUACGGUGGGUUAGGAGGCGUAGGCCAAGACACCAUUGUGAUCAACAACAGCGGUGCUUCUGGAUCUUCGUCGAGCGCUGCUGCUUCAAGCUCCGCUGCCAGCUCUGGUAACAGUCUUGCUGAACAGGAAGCACUUCUAGAAGCCACAGAAGCAGCUGAAGCUGCUGCCAUCGCUGCCGCAACUGGACGUUACGCACCUUACGGUAAACAAGUCGUAAUCAACAACGAGUCAGGUUCUGGAUCAUCAUCAGCCGCCUCAGCUGCUUCGGCAUCCGCCGCCUCUGCUGGACAAGGAUCUGGUGCUGGAAUAAACGGUGCUGGUCUAUACGGCUCUAACGGCCUUUACGGUUUGAAUGGUCUCAACGGACUCCGUGGAGGACAAGGUUCCGGAUCAGCAGCUUCCGCCGCCGCUGCCGCCGCUGCAGGAUCAGCUGGAAGCGGUAAUUACGCAAACGGAUUAAACGGACUCAACGGUCUUAACGGUCUUCGUGGAGGACAAGGUGCCGGAUCAGCAGCUGCCGCAGCCGCUGCCGCCGCUGCAGGCUCAGCUGGAAACGGUUAUUACGCAAACGGAUUGAACGGACUCUACGGUGGGUUAGGAGGCGUAGGCCAAGACACCAUUGUGAUCAACAACAGCGGUGCUUCUGGAUCUUCGUCGAGCGCUGCUGCUUCAAGCUCUGCUGCCAGCUCUGGUAACAGUCUUGCUGAACAGGAAGCACUUCUAGAAGCCACAGAAGCAGCUGAAGCUGCUGCCAUCGCUGCCGCAUCUGCACGUUACGCACCUUACGGAAACCAAGUCGUAAUCAACAACGAGUCAGGUUCUGGAUCUUCGUCGAGCGCUGCUGCUUCAAGCUCUGCUGCCAGCUCUGGUAACAGUCUUGCUGAACAGGAAGCACUUCUAGAAGCCACAGAAGCAGCUGAAGCUGCUGCCAUCGCUGCCGCAUCUGCACGUUACGCACCUUACGGAAACCAAGUCGUAAUCAACAACGAGUCAGGUUCUGGAUCUUCGUCGAGCGCUGCUGCUUCAAGCUCUGCUGCCAGCUCUGGUAACAGUCUUGCUGAACAGGAAGCACUUCUAGAAGCCACAGAAGCAGCCGAAGCCGCUGCCAUUGCUGCCGCAUCUGGACGUUACGCACCUUACGGUAAACAAGUCGUAAUCAACAACGAGUCAGGUUCUGGAUCAUCAUCAGCCGCCUCAGCUGCUUCGGCAUCCGCCGCCUCUGCUGGACAAGGAUCUGGUGCUGGAUUAAACGGUGCCAGUCUAUACGGCUCUAACGGACUUUACGGUUUGAAUGGUCUCAACGGUCUUCGUGGAGGACAAGGUGCCGGAUCAGCAGCUGCCGCAGCCGCUGCCGCCGCUGCCGUCUCAGCUGGAAGCGGUAAUUACGCAAACGGAUUAAACGGACUCAACGGUCUUAACGGUCUUCGUGGAGGACAAGUCGUAAUCAACAACGAGUCAGGUUCUGGAUCAUCAUCAGCCGCCUCAGCUGCUUCGGCAUCCGCCGCCUCUGCUGGACAAGGAUCUGGUGCUGGAAUAAACGGUGCUGGUCUAUACGGCUCUAACGGCCUUUACGGUUUGAAUGGUCUCAACGGACUCCGUGGAGGACAAGGUUACGGAUCAGCAGCUUCCGCCGCCGCUGCCGCCGCUGCAGGAUCAGCUGGAAGCGGUAAUUACGCAAACGGAUUAAACGGACUCAACGGUCUUAACGGUCUUCGUGGAGGACAAGGUGCCGGAUCAGCAGCUGCCGCAGCCGCUGCCGCCGCUGCAGGCUCAGCUGGAAACGGUUAUUACGCAAACGGAUUGAACGGACUCUACGGUGGGUUAGGAGGCGUAGGCCAAGACACCAUUGUGAUCAACAACAGCGGUGCUUCUGGAUCUUCGUCGAGCGCUGCUGCUUCAAGCUCUGCUGCCAGCUCUGGUAACAGUCUUGCUGAACAGGAAGCACUUCUAGAAGCCACAGAAGCAGCUGAAGCUGCUGCCAUCGCUGCCGCAUCUGCACGUUACGCACCUUACGGAAACCAAGUCGUAAUCAACAACGAGUCAGGUUCUGGAUCUUCGUCGAGCGCUGCUGCUUCAAGCUCUGCUGCCAGCUCUGGUAACAGUCUUGCUGAACAGGAAGCACUUCUAGAAGCCACAGAAGCAGCCGAAGCCGCUGCCAUCGCUGCCGCAUCUGGACGUUACGCACCUUACGGUAAACAAGUCGUUAUCAACAACGAGUCAGGUUCUGGAUCAUCAUCAGCCGCCUCAGCUGCUUCGGCAUCCGCCGCCUCUGCUGGACAAGGAUCUGGUGCUGGAUUAAACAUUGCCAGUCUAUACGGCUCUAACGGACUUUACGGUUUGAAUGGUCUCAACGGUCUUCGUGGAGGACAAGGUGCCGGAUCAGCAGCUGCCGCAGCCGCUGCCGCCGCUGCAGGCUCAGCUGGAAGCGGUAAUUACGCAAACGGAUUGAACGGACUCUACGGUGGGUUAGGAGGCGUAGGCCAAGACACCAUUGUGAUCAACAACGAGUCAGGUUCUGGAUCAUCAUCAGCCGCCUCAGCUGCUUCGGCAUCCGCCGCCUCUGCUGGACAAGGAUCUGGUGCUGGAUUAAACGGUGCCAGUCUAUACGGCUCUAACGGACUUUACGGUUUGAAUGGUCUCAACGGUCUUCGUGGAGGACAAGGUGCCGGAUCAGCAGCUGCCGCAGCCGCUGCCGCCGCUGCCGUCUCAGCUGGAAGCGGUAAUUACGCAAACGGAUUAAACGGACUCAACGGUCUUAACGGUCUUCGUGGAGGACAAGGUGCCGGAUCAGCAGCUGCCGCAGCCGCUGCCGCAGCCGCUGCCGCCGCUGCAGGCUCAGCUGGAAACGGUUAUUACGCAAACGGAUUGAACGGACUCUACGGUGGGUUAGGAGGCGUAGGCCAAGACACCAUUGUGAUCAACAACAGCGGUGCUUCUGGAUCUUCGUCGAGCGCUGCUGCUUCAAGCUCUGCUGCCAGCUCUGGUAACAGUCUUGCUGAACAGGAAGCACUUCUAGAAGCCACAGAAGCAGCUGAAGCUGCUGCCAUCGCUGCCGCAUCUGCACGUUACGCACCUUACGGAAACCAAGUCGUAAUCAACAACGAGUCAGGUUCUGGAUCAUCAUCAGCCGCCUCAGCUGCUUCGGCAUCCGCCGCCUCUGCUGGACAAGGAUCUGGUGCUGGAUUAAACAUUGCCAGUCUAUACGGCUCUAACGGACUUUACGGUUUGAAUGGUCUCAACGGUCUUCGUGGAGGACAAGGUGCCGGAUCAGCAGCUGCCGCAGCCGCUGCCGCCGCUGCAGGCUCAGCUGGAAGCGGUAAUUACGCAAACGGAUUAAACGGACUCAACGGUCUUAACGGUCUUCGUGGAGGACAAGGUGCCGGAUCAGCAGCUGCCGCAGCCGCUGCCGCCGCUGCAGGCUCAGCUGGAAGCGGUAAUUACGCAAACGGAUUGAACGGACUCUACGGUGGGUUAGGAGGCGUAGGCCAAGACACCAUUGUGAUCAACAACAGCGGUGCUUCUGGAUCUUCGUCGAGCGCUGCUGCUUCAAGCUCUGCUGCCAGCUCUGGUAACAGUCUUGCUGAACAGGAAGCACUUCUAGAAGCCACAGAAGCAGCCGAAGCCGCUGCCAUCGCUGCCGCAUCUGGACGUUACGCACCUUACGGUAAACAAGUCGUAAUCAACAACGAGUCAGGUUCUGGAUCAUCAUCAGCCGCCUCAGCUGCUUCGGCAUCCGCCGCCUCUGCUGGACAAGGAUCUGGUGCUGGAUUAAACGGUGCCAGUCUAUACGGCUCUAACGGACUUUACGGUUUGAAUGGUCUCAACGGUCUUCGUGGAGGACAAGGUGCCGGAUCAGCAGCUGCCGCAGCCGCUGCCGCCGCUGCAGGCUCAGCUGGAAGCGGUAAUUACGCAAACGGAUUGAACGGACUCUACGGUGGGUUAGGAGGCGUAGGCCAAGACACCAUUGUGAUCAACAACAGCGGUGCUUCUGGAUCUUCGUCGAGCGCUGCUGCUUCAAGCUCUGCUGCCAGCUCUGGUAACAGUCUUGCUGAACAGGAAGCACUUCUAGAAGCCACAGAAGCAGCCGAAGCCGCUGCCAUCGCUGCCGCAUCUGGACGUUACGCACCUUACGGUAAACAAGUCGUAAUCAACAACGAGUCAGGUUCUGGAUCAUCAUCAGCCGCCUCAGCUGCUUCGGCAUCCGCCGCCUCUGCUGGACAAGGAUCUGGUGCUGGAUUAAACGGUGCCGGUUUAUACGGCUCUAACGGACUUUACGGUUUGAAUGGUCUCAACGGACUCCGUGGAGGACAAGGUGCCGGAUCAGCAGCUGCCGCAGCCGCUGCCGCCGCUGCAGGCUCAGCUGGAAGCGGUAAUUACGCAAACGGAUUAAACGGACUCAACGGUCUUCGUGGAGGACAAGUCGUAAUCAACAACGAGUCAGGUUCUGGAUCAUCAUCAGCCGCCUCAGCUGCUUCGGCUUCCGCCGCCUCUGCUGGACAAGGAUCCGGUGCUGGAUUAAACGGUGCCAGUCUAUACGGCUCUAACGGACUUUACGGUUUGAAUGGUCUCAACGGUCUUAACGGUCUUAACGGACUUCUUGGAGGACAAGGUUCCGGAUCGGCAGCUUCCGCCGCCGCUGCCGCAGGCUCUGCCGGUCGUGGUAACUUAGGACUACUCGGAUCAUUGGGAGUAUAUGGAAACGACGGUCAAGGCGCCGUCAUCAUCAACAACAAUGGAGCAAGCGGAUCUGCAUCGAGUGCUUCUGCAACAAGCUCAGCCGCCUCUUCCGCCGGCUCAGACUCUGGACUCGCUGCUCAAGUGGCCGCACUAGAAGCAGCCGAAGCCGCUGCUAUCGCUGCCGCAUCUGGACGUUACGCACCUUACGGUAACCAAGAGCCACAAGUUAUAGUCAUAAACGAAAACAUACCCAGUGGCUCUGCCUCAGCAUCUUCAUCUGCAUCGUCAUCGUCAGCCUCAGAAGAUGGCCAGGGAUUUCUUGACUUAACAGGCCCCAAGAAUUACAGAAAUAGGUUUGAUGUAUUAAAUGGACUUGAUUCUGGUUAUGGCCCAUAUGUUAGCCAAGGACCUCAAGUUGUUGUAAUCAAUGAAGCUGGUUCAGGAGAUGCUGCAUCUGCAUCAUCUGCAGCAUCCUCCACUGCCAUUUCUUCCUACGGACGUGGAAGAGGACGGGUGCGCCAAUCAUGCAAACUAAACCGUCGUCAAUUUAUCAUAAGAUAUGGCAGAAAAGGUCUCGCCUGUACUGAUUGUUAGGUGAUCUAUGUGUAAGACCUUGAAGUUCUAUUUAAUUGUUUUUUUUUUACUUGGGUACAUCUUUAUAACAAUGAAAUAAAUAUAGUUUUGCAGCAUGAA